GCACAUUCUCGGACACCCUCGCGACCAAAUUUGUUUCCCAGAAUUCCGUUCGGCCGCCCUUUUCCGCCAUCUUUACUGCUGUAUUCAGCAGAUUUCCUCCCCUGGGUACCGGAUUAAACAUUCAUAAUGCCUGGAAGGUUGUGGUGCAAGGCCAUCUUUGCUGGUUAUAAGCGCGGCUUGAGAAACCAGCGUGAACAUACAGCCCUUCUCAAAGUAGAGGGUGUCUACACUCGUAAUGAGGUUGAUUUUUACUUGGGAAAGAGGUGUGCCUAUGUCUACAAGGCAAAAAAGACUACCAUCACCCCAGGUGGGAAGCCCAAUAAGACACGUGUUAUCUGGGGGAAAGUGACACGCGCUCACGGUAACAGUGGAAUGGUGCGUGCUAAGUUUACAGCCAACCUGCCACCCAAAGCGAUCGGCCACAGAAUACGGGUGAUGCUGUACCCCUCACGUGUCUAAUGGGCUUCCCACGAUCUACUAAUUAUAAUUAUAUUCAACAUUGAUUAAAUAUGAUUAUAAUUAGUUAUUGUCUCAGAUUCUUUAUUAUCAUUACAAUGAAUGACCAAAAAAAAAAAAAAAAGAUGGCUUUGUGAAAAGUGGUCAGUGUUUUGAAAUCCUAGUUUUAACAACCUGUCCUAAACUAGGAUUUCAAAUCUCAACCUCUCAAUCUUCCACUCAACUUUUGAUCAACCUCUCCUACUGUGGAAUUGGAAAAAGACCUGCUAAAUGCCCAACGACUGAGGAUUGUGCCGGGGGCACGGAACGUCCACGUAAAUAAAUAAAAUAAAUAAA